AUGACGGCCAGUCAUUUAACUAAUCCGUUAAGAGGCGCAAAGGCAAAGGUUGAUAUGGAUGGUGUAAACUCUGGUGCGAAUGUAGGUGAGAGGUCGACUGCCUCUGCCGCCGUCAAGAUGAUGUUGAGAAUGGGUUGGUCCGGUAAAGGUCUCGGUGCCAACGAAGAGGGAAACGUCGAGAACAUCAAAGUGAAGAAGAAGGCCGACAACAGAGGUAUCGGUAGAGAACUCGGUGUCUCAUACACUAGAAACUGGGAGAGAACCAACGAAGACUUUGAUAAUAUAUUGGAACGACUCAACCGUGAGAGAAUGGAGGCAGCCAACAACAGCAACAACAACAAGAAAGACAAAAACAAAUCUAAAUCAUCAAAGACUGAAAAGAAAGAAUCAAAGAAGAGAAAGAGCACCAAGUCAAACAGUGACGAUGAAUCCGAAGCCGAAACAGAGCAGAUCGCAAAGAAGAAUAGACAAUCGAUGUUUGUAAAGUCAUCGACCGAAGAGAAGUUGGAGAUAUCCGACAGUGAAAAUAAGAGAGAUAAAGCUAGUGAUUCUGACUCUGAUAGUAGUAGCAGUGACAGUGACAGUGAUAAUGACAACAAUAAGAAAAAGAAGAAAGAUAGCUCUGAUUCAAGCUCCGAUUCAGAUAGCAGCAGCAAAAGUAGUAGUUCAUCAGACAGCAGUGAAAGCGAGAGUGAUGAUUCGGCCAAAACCAAAACUAAAAAAGUUAAAUCUGAUUCAGAUAAAGGUGAUUCGGAAUCAGAUAGUGAUAGUGAUAGUAGUAAGAGCAGUAAAAGUAGUAGCUCAGACUCAGAUAGUAGCAGUAGUGAUAGCGAUAGUAGUAGCUCAGAUUCUGACAGCAGUAGCAGUAGCAGUAGCAGUAGCGAUAGCAGUUCAGACUCUGAUAGCAGUGAGAGUGAAAGUGAAGAUGAAGCACCCAAGAAGAAACCAACUACAUGGGUUGCACAAACAAGUGAAGAGGAUUUAAGAGCGAUCUUGGGUUACAGACCAAACCAAGAUAAGAGAGGUGUUGUAGAGAAAAAGAAAGUAGAAAGCAGCGACGAUGACAGUAGCAGCAGUGAAGAUGAAAAGCCUAAACAAAAAUCAGUUUCUAAAGAUAAUAACAACAAUAAGAAACCAGGUUUUACUAAAUCAUCUACAAUGUACUUUGAUGAAUAA